UACUUUCAGUAAUGAAAUUGCAAUGUCAGUGUCACUCCCUCUAUCAAAGGAGUGUCGCUAGAUGGCAUUUUAGCAGCCAAGAUAACUGCAGUAGAAGCACAAUAGCAUGCAGCAUAACUGGUUUCCAUUUGCCUAUUGUAACUGGCUACAUUCUUGUAAAUACUCCUCCCUACACAAUCUCUUCAGUGAGCAGAGUGUGUUUGAGUCAACACAAAGGAGUUGUGGCGUUGAGUUGAGAUUCGAUGGGCUGGCUUUGAUACGUCCGACCACCAUGAGGGACAAACUGGACAUACUGGCCCUGGUGUUGGGCACUCUGGGGUUCAUCUGCCUGGCAUACAGUGUACUCUUUCCAAGGUGGUAUGUUGGUGACUCUUCCGGGGUGGGUCCGUGGAUGCAUUGCGAUUGGGCCGCGGGGCUACGGUGUGGGAUGCACGUCGGCAUCUUCCUGGGAAUCUUCAUCUUACUGUGGAUCGCCCUCAGUGCUCUCUUGAUCUCCGGCUUCGCUAUGUGUGGCACCAACUGCUGUGGCACCAGCUGCUGUCACGACAAUGCCCAAAAGAAGCUGUUUGCAGCUGGCUGCUUGUACCUGAUAUCCUGCCUGGUGACGCUGGGACCGGUCACCUGGGUCACAUGGAUCCUGGCUCCUAGGCCCAGUGUCAUUGGAGAGUGCCUGUACCUGGCCUGGGUGUCUGUGGGGCUCCUGAUGGCAGCUGGGGUGCUGCAACUGCACCGCUACUCCCCCUGCAGACGGAAAGAGGAAGUGACACACAACUGCACCCCACCUCUGGACCACAAGGAUGAGGUGGAGAGCAACCUUUUAUGACUUUAACACCAAAGACAGUGACAAAAUGUCUAGAGAGAGACAGCGCGUGACUAGGGCAUAAGAAGGUAAAUAUAUUACUUUAUUCAUUUAAUUUACCCAUAUAAAUGAUUUAUUAAAAAUUUACUUGGGCCAUUAUUUUCUACCCUUGUUCAUGUGCUCUCAUGUUACGUAAACAUAGGCCUAACUACAUGGGCCUACUGUACUUUCUUGACUGAUUUAACUUGUUUGUAUGUUGUCAUUUUACAUGCAUGUACUGUACUUUCUUGACUGAUUUAACCUACUUUUUAAACAAGCAACCGUUCAUCUAUCAUGUAUCUGUCUGGUUUGGUGGAUCACAGGCAGUGUUUAUUUAACCUGCUGCUAACUGGUGGCAUGGUUUCUUUAGGCUACAUCAUGUUCGGAACAUUUACUUUAAAUAUAAUCCUAAAAUGGUUGUAGGCCGACUGUGUCAUCAGGUGUCUGCUGAUCUUCAAUAACUCGAACAUUUACAUUCACAAUGGUACUAUUACUAUGUCAGAAUUGUGACACUAGGACAUUAUUGAAAAUGCACAACAAAUACCUUUCUAUAUGUUCUCUGUAUGUCUUUUGUUGUCCAGUCUUGCACAUUAAAUGUCUGUACGUGUAUUGUAUGGGUACUGAAUGUGUACGAUCUACGUCUAUACUGUCUACCGGUAUGUAUACCACCAAAAGUAUGUCUAUGUCUUCAUGUGAAAGUAAGAAACGUAAUUUCAAUUCUUUGUAUGACCAGUGCAUGUAAAGAAAUUAACAAUAA